CCCCAAGCCAUUUGGGAAGAGAAAGUCAAGUCCAGUUCGUUUAAAGUUUGUCAGUCAUCCAGCCGGUUUCUCUCACCCCCGUGCAUAAAAAUAAUACUUUUGUAAUAAAAAAGAAAGAGCGAUGGAUAACCCCGUAGAUAAUGAUCAGGAAAAUUCAAUUCCAAUGAAACGUGUCAAGAUUAUUGUUGAUGUGCCUGCAAAUGGUCCCUUUAAAGUCGUCGCGCACAAUGCGGAAGGGCAGUAAGUUGAACUGAAUGUUUUAGCAAUUGAAGAUGAGCCGACACCGUCACCAUCAUCAGAAUCGAAAGGAGCUAAACCGGACUCUAUCAUCAAAGCCGUACUACAAGGGAUGAUGGAGAAUAGUGGAUACCAGGGCGAGAUUACAACUUUUUGGGGAUCGGACGAACAAAAACAAUUAGUUAAUGGUUGGACUAAUCAUGUCAAGAAAUCAAAAACGGACAUGGACAAAUAUACCCCCCUCCACGUAUUUUACAACAAGAACAAGGUGGCGAUGCAAACGGUUGGUGGUCUGUUGCAAGUGGUCAAGAUGGAGAAAGUUGGAAACGAUUGGAAGUUCAAGGGGUGGGCCGGACGAACACAAAAAUGUAGCAUCACUACUUGCAUUACUGUUUGUCGGGUUGGAAAGUUUUGCGAGACUCAUGCUCCGAGAGAAGUCCUGUUACUUCAGGACAUGAGAACUACUCCCCCUAUCCUGGCAUUACUAGCUCCUUACGCCACAGCCACCCCUUACACUAAUAGUGAGAUAAGGCAGAAGUUGGAUGAAUGCGGAAUUAUGAAAAAAUGGGGAGGAAAAGAAACUAUUGGGGGGUCAGGAAUACAAAAUCAGAGCAUCCAGCUCUAUGACUAUGUUGUAAAGAAGAGGAAGGAUAAGGAGGAGACUUUUUUCCGUAUAAUUGGGCGCUGGCCGUAUCAAAACGACAAUAACAAAGUCCACGAUUCUGCAUUUUUGGCAGUCUCAUUGUUGGUGAUGAUAAAGGGAGGUGCUUCUCUGCUCAACUCACGAAUACUAUUUCGUGCUGCUGACCUGCCCUGGGUGAGAUCAUUUUUAAACGAAAACUGGGUGACAUUUAACAAAGGAGAAGAACUUGCCCACGUGUCGACCAAUCCCCCAGGCGUGUCAGGAGAAAUCAAUCGUUCUCUCCCUUACGUCUAUCUUGGACGUAAUGAUGAAGCAGAAUUUUACACGGGUGUGCAAAACCAAAUCAGUCUACUUGUGUCUGGGGCUAAAUCCCCAUACCAUGAUAAAAUGAAGGCAGAAACUGGGAUGAACCACUUUGAAGAGGAUGAAGACAUGCCUAUUUUCCAAAGUCCUAUCCCAACGUUGCUGGAAAAUAUCAAGAGUGUCACAAAACGGAGUAAAUUCAGCCCAAAAGAAGAAGAAGAAUUUCUCAAAAUGGAAAAAGCUGCCAAUAACUAUGAAACACUUGCUCACUCUGCUAUAAAGAUUGGAGAAAUGGUUGGACAGACCUACAAGGGUGCUCUAGUGAAGGGAGUUCAUAAACAAAUGAAUCAUUUUGAUUGUGCUAUUAAUGUCGUUGAUCUCAAAUGUAUUUAUGCUUUUUUGUUUGAAACUAAUCUGGUCAUUAGUGAGGGUAGUCAGUUGGAGAAAGGUCAGGAUCAGAAGGUUGUUAUCAACUUUGUUGUUUAAAUGUUUUGAUCUAUGUCAUGUACUCGUAUUUUUUUAGAUGAAUUUAACAAAUAAAUGUUCGCCUUCAUUAAUCAAAU